CAAUGGAGCAAAUUUUAUAUUUAAAUUAAUAGCCUGGUUGUAUACAGGUUCAGCCAGUAUGUUUUCUGAAGCCAUCCAUUCUUUGGCAGACACAUGUAAUCAGGCUAUCUUAGCUAUAGGUAUCUAUACUUCAAUCAGAAAGCCAAAUCCGGAUCAUCCGUAUGGAUUCAGUAAUCUACGUUAUGUCAGUUCCUUAAUCAGUGGUGUUGGUAUCUUCUGCCUUGGUUCAGGCGUGGCUUGGUAUCAUGGUAUAAUGGGUAUGAUUGAUCCUGAACCAAUCCAAUCAUUAAUGUGGGCGUAUACUAUAUUAGCAGGAUCCUUGUUAUCUGAAGGAGCUACCUUGUUAGUGGCACAUAAUACUCUUAAGAAGAGCGCCCUUGCCAGGGGACAGUCCCUUAAGAGAUACAUUUUAGAAGCACGGGAUCCCAGUGUCAAUGUUGUUUUACUUGAAGAUGCAGCAGCAGUUCUUGGUGUUAUUAUAGCAGCAAGUUGUAUGGGAUUAACUUCCUAUACAGGUAACCCUCUGUAUGAUUGCAUUGGAUCACUCUGUAUUGGAAGUCUAUUGGCUGUUGUAGCGUCAUUUCUUAUCUACAGUAAUUCAGAAGCUCUGAUUGGUCGUGCUAUCUCGGAUGAUUCACUAAAGAAGAUCAGUGAAUCUCUGGAAAAUGACCGCAUGGUGAGCUUCAAAGCAGAAGUAGAUUUUGAUGGACGAGAGAUUACUAGAUCUUACCUCGAUAAUCAAGAUUUAGAACAGAUACUGAAAGAAGUACAAAGUUUUAAAUCUAUGGAAGAGAUGGAAUUUUUUAUGUUGUCUCAUGGAGAAAGAAUUGUAAAUGGACUUGGAGAAGAAGUCGAUAGAAUUGAAAAAGAGUUGAAGAAACGAAACCCAGAGGUUCGCCACGUUGAUUUGGAAGUACUGUGA